CAAACAACCCCAUCGUCUAUCAGAAUUUAUAAUCGUGCUUGAUGAAAAAGCAAAUAAAAGCAACAAGUUCUGUGUCUGUCAAGAAUGUGUAAUUGGUUCUUCUUAUGAAGAUGCAUAUAAUAAUAGGUUUGCAAACACACAAGA